AUGGUCAAGUUUGCUGAACAAGUUUUAUUCGAAAGGAAGAAACUAGUCGAAAGUUUACGAAAGAUGAAAAAUGUAACAAAACUUACUCUAAAUCAUAACAAUAUUGGAAUUCAAGGAGCCAAAUCAAUUAGUCAAUUGGAACAUUUAACAUCGUUAAAUAUUUCUAUAAAUGGCAUUUAUCAAGGAGCAGAAUUUAUUGGUCAACUGAAAAAUUUAACAGAGCUAGACAUUUCCAAUAAUUUACUUGGUGAUUUUGAAGGCGAAAAAUCAAUUAGUCAACUGCAAAAAUUAACUAUUCUUAAUAUUAGUUGCAAUCGAAUUAAUGAUGAAGGAGCCAAAUCACUUAGUCAAUUGAACCAAUUAACAAACCUAAACAUUAGACUAAACGAAAUUGGAGAUGAAGGCGCCAAAUUUAUUGGAAAAAUGCAAAAUCUAACUCUCCUCACCAUUGAUCACAAUCAAAUUCAAACUCAGGGUGCAAAGUAUCUCAGUAACUUGGUCAACUUGAAAACUUUAUACAUUCAUGGAAAUGAAAAUAUUGAAAGGGAAGGUUCCAAGGCAAUUAGUGAAAUGAAAGAGUUGAGAAGUGUAAAACUCGAUCAUAUUCAUAUAUUGUAUGCAAAUGUUAGAUUUGGAAUGAAUGUUUCAGUUUCGUAUUACAACAAAAAUAAUUACAUUUAA